AUGAGUUACAACCAUCCGUAUCAACAAGGUUCAGGUGGUUGGAGUAGCAGCACUGGACACUUCAUGAACCAACAAACUGAAAAUGACCAGAAUCAUGAAACCGAUUCGAGCAGAGAUAGACAAUACCGUGAUUUUGUUAACCACUAUCCCACAGGGUACUCUCCAGAGCGCGCUGAGAAUCGUGAUGACACUCCCCAAACUAUAUAUACACCAACACAUCAUCAGGCUCAGGCUUAUAGUGUACCGGCUAUAAAUGUGUACCAGGCUCCACAAGCGAUCCCGCUUGCACAAGAAUCUUUAGCUCCUGUGGACCAGAGCUAUAGCAAUGACCAGUUUUACAAUAUGAACUAUAAUCAUGGAUCAUCUAGUGCCCAAUCAAGCGUAGGUGAUUACUUCCCACAAGACACCCAGCCCAUAUUGAAUCAUACGCAUGAUGUUGCGUCGCCGCCCUCGACUGCAUAUCCAUCUAAUCCCAAUCAACCAUUCCAAUAUUACAAUUACGAUCCAGAGGAUCCCGUUGAAUAUGUUGAUCAAAGAGGGGAUGACUACCAGAUUAAUACGUAUCUCAACAAGAAUGACGAAAUGGCGAAUCCCUACUCGAGCACUUUUGAUUUAGAUGACUAUGGCGAGAACGAGAAUUAUCCAGAAGGUAGUUAUGGAGAUGAAGGAAGCUUAAUGAGUUAUGAAAAUAGUAGAGAUUUGGGUGAGUAUUCUUAUGAUAACGACAAUAAUACGAUAGCAAGGCUUGGCUCCACCAGUCAUUUACUGGAUGGAGAUGAAGACGAUUACAAGUUCGAUAAAGGUGAAAAAACUGAUGAUUUCAAAGGUAGUACGCCCACAAGAAGGCGAACAACGCUGAGAAGAUUCAAGCUAUGUAUGGGUAAUUUUAUCUUCGACUGCCCCAUCAGUGAACAGUUGAUAACAAAAUAUGCGCGAGCAGUUGAUGAUCAGAAUAAACUCUUUAACGAGUUCAAAUUUAUGAGAUACCAAGCGGUAACCUGUGAGCCCAGUGAUUUUCAACUAAACAAUUUCACAUUAAGACAAUUGAAAUACAUGGUUCCACGACAAACGGAGCUGAUGAUAGUGGUUACUAUGUAUAAUGAAGAUGACGUUUUAUUAGGGCGUACUUUGAAAGGGGUCAUGGAUAAUAUUCGUCACUUUACAAAGAGAAAAAACUCUUCAACUUGGGGUCCUGACGCUUGGAAAAAGAUUGUGGUUUGUGUAGUAUCUGAUGGUAGAUCAAAAAUCAAUGAGCGGUCGUUAGCACUUAUGAGUGCACUUGGCUGCUAUCAAGAUGGAUUUGCCAAAGAUGAAAUCAACGACAAAAAGGUUGUAACACAUGUUUAUGAGCACACGUCUAAAGUUAAUAUCACCAAUAUCAAGGAUGGUGUAGUUGAAUUGGCUUGUGGAGAGAACACCGUCCCUGUUCAAAUGCUAUUUUGUCUAAAGGAGAAUAACCAAAAAAAGAUUAAUUCUCACCGUUGGGCUAUGGAGGGAUUCGCAGAAGUUUUACAGCCCAAUGUUAUUAUCUUACUUGAUGCUGGUACCAUGCCUGGAAAAGAUUCUAUCUAUGAGUUGUGGUGUGAAUUCAAAAAUCCUCAAGUGGGUGGUGCAUGUGGUGAGAUAAAGACAGAUCUUGGUGGAGGUUUUCUUAAAUUGUUGAACCCAUUGGUCGCCUCGCAGAAUUUUGAAUACAAAAUGUCGAAUAUCCUUGACAAAACCACCGAGUCGAACUUCGGUUUCAUCACCGUUUUACCAGGUGCUUUUUCUGCGUACAGGUUUGAGGCAAUCAGAGGUGAGCCGCUUCGCAAGUACUUCCUUGGAGACGAUUUGAAUGCAACCGUGUUUAUAUCAAACAUGUACCUAGCCGAAGACCGUAUUCUCUGUUUUGAGGUUGUCACUAAAAAGAACAGUAAUUGGAUUUUAAGAUACUCUAAGAGUUCAUAUGGUUCUACUGAUGUUCCUGAAAAAAUUCCAGAAUUUAUUCUACAGCGGCGUCGUUGGAUGAAUGGUGCCUUCUUUGCAGCAUUAUAUUCGUUUUUGCACAUUUACAAAAUAUGGACAAGCGGUCACAGUGUUGGACGCAAGCUCAUGCUGAACGUCCAGUUUGCUUAUCUAUUCUUGACUACGUUGGUCUCAUGGUUUUCUCUCAGUUCAUUUUUCCUUGUAUUCAGAAUUUUGACAAUGUCGAUCGCUAUCACGUAUAACACACAGAAAGUCUUCCGUGUCCUAUCAGUUAUCUUUCUUUGGCUUUAUGGUGUCUCUCUUCUCAUAACGUUUAUUUUAUCUUUGGGUAAUAAGCCGAAGGGUACGUCCAAAUUCUACUUGUCGACAUUCAUUUUUUUUGCAAUUUUGAUGAUUUAUAUGAUAUUCUGUUCGAUCUUCAUGAGUGUGCAUUCCAUUGAAAACGUCAUUAACGAAGGGAACAUAACAUUCAAAGGGUUGCUAACUCAAGAAACUUUCCGUGACUUGAUUGUUUCUAUGGGUUCAACCUAUUGCUUAUAUUUGCUAAGCUCUAUUAUCUAUUUGCAACCCAUGCAUAUGCUCACCUCGUUCAUGCAAUAUUUACUAUUGUCACCUUCUUACAUUAACGUUUUGAACAUAUACGCGUUUUGUAACGUGCAUGACAUCUCAUGGGGUACAAAAGGGGCUGUUGCGAAGCCUUUAGGUAAAAUUCAAUCCAAGGAAGAUGGUACAGUCAAAAUGGAGAUUCCUGUAUCUGCUAAGGAAAUCGAUCAAAAUUACACUAAAUUCAUUGAAAUAUUAAGCUCAGCACAACCAGAAGAACAGGAUGAAGAGAUUCCAUUCGAAGAAAAAAAGACUAACUACUAUGCAAUGGUGCGGUCGCUGGUCAUUAUCAUUUGGGUCAUUUCGAAUUUCAUCAUUGUGGCAGUAGUUCUCGAGACGGGAGGUAUAGGACAAUAUGAAUCGUUAAACAAGAGUGCCUCAACUUCAUCUACCGCUGCAGACAACAGUGUAUCAAUAUUGUCCGAUAGAUCAACAAUUUACUUUUCUGUGAUCUUAUGGUUGGUUGCUUUGAUGGCAGCCAUUAGGUUUAUUGGAUGCACCUUUUAUCUUGCAAAAAGAAUUUUUAGCAAGUUUAUGUUCAGAUCUUAA